UGAAUGUGCGGCUUUUUCCGGGAAAGCGGUAAACUCCACUCCUCUACUCUCUGGAGUGCCAUUACAGCGACAAGUCUCAGACUGCAGAUAAAACAUUAGCUAGCGGGCUAAUUCUCGAAACUGAAAUUUGAGUGUUUCGCUUGGACGUAACGUGUGAGUUGACGUGUAGAAAACACGUCGAAGACCUGCUCAAGCCUAAGCUACUUUACUACAUGGAUGAAAACAACAAGAGGAUUUAAACGUCCAUCUGUCAGUCGCUGAACUAGCUGGCUAAAACUAGCUAGCUGAGUCUCAUAAAUAUUGGCCUACCCUGAAAGACCUUAAGGUCUAACUUAGCUCAGCUUAAAGACCUACUGGACACACUGUAACCGUUGAACCUGCAACCUUCUUGUAGGACGAGAGGGAAAAAAAAAAAGAAGAAGCCAUUCUGGACAUGCUCAUGAACUCCAUUCAUUUUUGUUUCCCAUAAAACAAAGAGGGGCCUGAUGGGUUGCAAAACAGAGCUAAAAUGCUUUUGGACUCACGUGGGCACCAUGACGUCUGCACUCGCCCUGGUGGAAACACACGCAGGCGAGGGAGUCGUGUGUGUACAUACAGCCCUCUGAAGGACUCCAGACCUUGCCAUCUUCAUAUGGAUACUGAAAUACUCGAGCGUUCACAAUAUAUCUACAGAAGAGACCAGUUUUUUUCUCCUGGGACGAGUUAAGUUCAGAAGUAUGAGCUGUCAUUUAGGCCAGAAGACCACAAGAGCGCAGUUUUUGUUCUUCAUCUUCAUAAUUACGAUCUUUUAUUAGACGGACCAUCCCAGCGGGCACCGGGGCUCCUACAGAGACUGUGGCAGAUUUUUCAUUCCAUUGUUUCCUUUUCUGUUUGACUCAUUAUUUCCACGCACCCCUCCAUUGUUCCUUUGUGGGUUUUCUUUUGGGCUGCCUCAUGUUUGACUUAUGCGUUCACAUUCACUCGUCACUUGUGUACUUUGAAACAUAUGCCUUGUUCUUGAGAAAGAGUACUGUAAGUCAGUUAACUGGGCCUCCUGCAUCAGUGACUGCUUUGUUUGCUGCUGUUUCUAUUCAGCCUCUCUGAUCGCUGAAACACAGGGCUUAGAAGCGAUUUGCACUAAAAGAGCUUUCACUUCUUUCUUUUUUUUCCUUCUGCCAAAUCGUGUCACAUUCAAGCCAUAUAAGUGUAUAUUUUCUGAUGAAACUAUAGAUCUAUUUUAUCACGGUUUGGUUAGAUCAUAAAUUGUAUAUGUAUUUUUAUGUAUAAGCACACAUAAACACCUGCACUGUGUUCAUCAGAGUGUUCAUGAAAUUGUUUUGGAUACGUGCACCUUGAUUUUAGAGGCUAUUUUUACAUUUUACAUUUUGAUGUAUAAUUUAUAAUGCGCAUAUUAUUAUUAUUAUCCACCAGACAUUACUAUAAAGGUUACUUUUACAAUGACAAUAUUUUCCUCCUGUAACUCGGCAAGCGGACAGCGAACGCUCGUUUUCUGACCCCUCCCAUCCGCUUUUAGCUUUCUGUUUUCUCCCCAAUGCCUGCGGGUCUCAGUGUGGGUGGGGCUCUCGGAGACCCCUCCCCUUCCCGGCGCUUUCGUCCCAGUCGCUAUGUGCCAGUAUCUGCGGCGACAACCUUCCUCGUUGGGGCUACGACGCUUUUCCUGUGCUUCACUUGUCCUUGGCUGGCCGAGCGUUUCUCUUCUUCCAUUCCUAUCUACAACGCCGUGGUCUUCCUCUUCACCCUGGCCAACUUUUGCAUGGCUACAUUUAUGGACCCAGGCAUCUUCCCCAGAGCGGAGGAAGAUGAAGAUAAGGAGGAUGAUUUCCGGGCUCCUCUCUAUAAGACGGUGGAGGUGAGGGGCAUUCAGGUGCGCAUGAAAUGGUGUUCCACGUGUCGCUUCUACAGACCACCCCGAUGCUCACACUGCUCCGUGUGUGACAACUGUGUCGAGGAGUUUGACCAUCACUGUCCGUGGGUGAAUAACUGCAUUGGGAGGCGGAACUACCGUUAUUUCUUUCUGUUCCUUUUAUCUCUCACUACACACAUAAUGGGUGUGUUUGGAUUCAGCCUGCUGUACAUCCUCUAUCACACCGAACAACUGGACGAAGUGCACUCUGGAGUUACUAUGGCAGUGAUGUGUAUCGCAGGUUUGUUCUUUGUCCCAGUAGCGGGACUCACUGGCUUCCACAUUGUGCUGGUAGCCAGAGGAAGAACAACAAACGAACAGGUUACGGGGAAGUUCAGAGGGGGCGUUAACCCAUUCACACAUGGAUGUUGUAAAAACGUGUCUCAUGUGCUCUGUAGCUCACAAGCUCCAAGGUACGUAGGGAGGUUGAGGCAGACCCAGUCCCUUCAGGUUCAGCCUCCAUUUCUCCGGCCUCAGCUUUCCGAAGCCCAGCUCGCUGCUAAAGUCCUGGACAAUGGGAUCCAGCAGUCUAAGAGCAGUCUGGAGGCCAUGGAAAGUCAGUCUACAGACAUUGAGCCGCCCCCACCUCCUAAACCAGAGCACAGAUACCAAGGGCUGCCUCACACACACAAUGAAGAGAGCAGUCUCCUGAGUGAAGCUCCACCCACACCUGCAUUAUAUAAAUAUCGGCCGUCCUAUAGCAGUCCAGGAAAAAACCACACACAUUCCACACACAAGAUGAAUCGGGGGGACAGUGUGACAGAGUCGCCCUCCGUCCCCCUGUCAACCGGGCACGCCAGCUAUCGCUCGGAGCCCAGUCUUUCGGGCCGGGGGAUUUCUGGGUGGCGACCAGGAGGGGGAGGGGAGGGAGGCAGAGCAGGCUCGGGGGGACUGGGUGGGCCCUCUGCUCUCGGAGGGCGGUCUUAUCCUUCCUUUACUGACACGCUCCUACACUCAGCGGUGGCCUCAUGCUCCUCCAGCAUCCGCUCUGCUCAGACGACCCACAAUGCACUGGGGCCACUGCUGUCUGAGGGCACGACCUCUACCAGCUAUAAAAGCUUGGCUAAUCAGACACGGAAUGGCAGCCUGUCCUACGACAGUCUGCUGACGCCCUCUGAGAGCCCGGAGUUCGAAUCGGCUGCUCCUGAGCUGUCCCCGCCCAGGCCGGCACCCCCCCGCUCACUCGGGUCUACUCCUGCGGCUCCACCCCUCAUGGGUUACACCUCACCAUUCUUGUCUGCUCAGCAGAGGGAAGGCUCUCUCCAGGCCUGCCCUGCCCCCCUAAGACCCUCCCCCAACAGACCUUUCCUGCGCCCCACAAGCCCACCCCCUUCCCGAGCUCCGCCCCUGUCUCCUCGCGCUCGGUCUUUGGGUUCACCGCCUCCUGGCCCCGCCCCAGGAAGCAUGCCUAUGGGCAAAUCGUUAUCCUACGCAGGUGGAGCGGAGUUACGGCAAUGCCCAAAUAACACAGGGGGUGGGACUUCCAUGUCAAACUCUAGGCAGAGACUGACCAAUCACAGCACCCACACGCACAAACCUGGCGGUGGCGUGAAGAAAGUGAGCGGUGUCGGAGGAACAACCUAUGAGAUUUCAGUAUGAGUGGUUUUUUUUAAACGACGCACAGGAUUCACUCGCGUCUUCUGCCAUGAGGACAUCCAGAGAGCUGAUCAUCCAUGUAAGCCAAAAAAAAAAAAAAAUCGAAGUACAAAGACACAAAGGAAAAAAACUCAGAAAACAAACUCAUCAUUGAUCCAACUUCGGAGGAAGAACGCUAAAAAUGUCGAUAGUGGAUAAAGAGCCUGGCUGGAGUUUCUUAAUCUCCACGAUUUCUUUUUUUUUCUUUUUCUUUUUUUUUUUUUUUUUUUAAUUACAUAUUUAAAGAAUGGUUUAAGAUCCAUGAAGGCUGUUCCAUCCAGACUGGAGUUGCCAAUCUUGCUGUAUGAACGAUUGCUCAUAGACUCCAAUGGAAAUCAAAAUCACAAGUUGUUUUCCCUGCAUACUCUGGACUAUCAUUUUGCUUGUAUUUUUUAUGUUUCUUUUCCUAAUAUUAUUUUAUACAGGUACUGAUACAGUAUAUUGUAAGAUUUAUUGAAUAUGUUUGAUAGGAGCGCCAAUAAUAGUAGCACGUAGGCACUGCUUUUGAGGUUUUUUUUUUUAUUUUAUUUAGACGGCUGCAUCAGCCAGUCAGAACCCGAGCUGGAGUUCACAGCCAAAGAGACAAGUGUAGUCAGGGACCUGCUUUUGACAGACAGCACACUUGGCAAAUAGGAAUGAAUGUAACAUCUGAAUCAUUACAGCACAAAAUGUUUUGUAAUGGAAAAACAAUCUGGAUACUGUACGAAUUUUGUGCAAGAUGAGGGUUCCUUUUGGUCUUUAUUUGUCCAUCAAUCAGGAAGGAGCCAUUUCAAUCGUUGGCCAGAUGAGAGUGCUCUGGUCCCGUGUUAGUACAUGCUGGAUGCGCAGUACACCACUGAGACGGGGGGAACUGUUCAUGUUCUUUUAUUUUAUUUUUUUAGGCAGUGGUUACGGUUCAGAGCUGGAUUAUGAGAUGUUUUCUGACCAUUAUCACUUUGAGGUUUGCAAGCUGAAUGUGUGUGUGUGUUUGUGUGUGUAUGUGAGUGAGCAUGUGAAAAUGGCAGAGAAACAAUUUUUGAUGUCUCAAACUAUUCUACUAGAGCACAUUCCAGCUUUGAACCUCUUCAGAGACUCUGCUAAAAAGAGCGUGUUUGUGUGUAUGUGUGAGAGAGAGAGUGUGUGUCUGAGUGAGAGGCAAAAACAGAAUAUGUAAGCAUCGCGUUUAAGUUUAGCUUUGAGGUCUGAUGACCAGUGACCGGUCAGUGUAACGUAAAAGAGCUUAUGCAGUGACACACACAAGUAUUUUUACUGAUAACGUUUUGUCAUUUCCACCAUGGCCUUACGAAGCCUUUUUAACUGUAAUUUACCUGCACGUGUUAACAGGACAAGAGAAUUAAGUUCAAAGGGUGGAGGUUUUUUCUACCUGUCUGUAUUCCUUUAAUGCAGGUGACGCUGGGUCACAUGAGCCAACACAUUUCCAACAGACAAAUAAAUAAUAUUGCAACACUGAAA